UCACUACUACACCACCCCUAUUCCUCUUUCUCCACUUGAACUACCUUGCCAUCCCAAGCUUCUCCAGAUGCAAUUCGACCAGAACGAGGAAGCCUUGAUGAUCUCCUCUGAACAUUGUGGGCUAUACCCGUUGCCCGCGCUUUACCGCCACUCCAGCUCUGCCAACCACCCCGCACAGACCAUCGUUUGCGAGAAGCCCACCGCCGGUUUCGUGCCCAGUUUUGGGGCUGAGGAGGUGAGCACCUCGGUGACGAUGAGAGCUGGCUUUGAGGGUGCUAGCUGUAAUGGUCAUUCCGGUACAUGGUGGAGGGGUUCCAUGGCAGGGGAGAAGGGGAAGAUGAAGCUGAGGAGGAAGAUGAGGGAGCCGAGGUUCUGCUUCCAGACCAGAAGCGACGUUGAUGUUCUGGAUGAUGGAUACAAGUGGAGGAAAUACGGGCAGAAGGUUGUCAAGAACAGUCUACAUCCCAGGAGCUACUUCAGGUGCACCCACAGCAACUGCCGCGUGAAGAAGCGUGUGGAGAGGCUUUCGACCGACUGCCGCAUGGUGAUUACCACGUACGAGGGGCGCCACACGCACUCCCCAUGCGACGACACCUCCUCCUCCGGCGACCACACCACCACCUGCUUCAGCUCCUUCUAGGUCACAGAAGAGAUCAAGCAAGCAAGCAGCAAAGUGCAUAGAUCCAU